AUGGAAAUCACACCCAAGGACAGUGUUGACUUUUUCUAUAACCUCCUCAAGAAAUUUAAAAACCAGCAUCAUGAAGACAAAUCUGCUCGAGCAGACUUCCUGCAGGUGUUGAUCCAGAGUGAGAUCCCAGAAAAGACGUAUAAGAACGAUGAAGAACAGCCAAGUAAAGGUUUGACUGAACAUGAGAUCCUUUCCCAGGCCUUGGUCUUCAUCUUUGGAGGCUACGAGACCACCAGUACCACUCUAACUAACAUCCUUUAUAAUCUGGCCACCAACCCUGAUGCGUUGCAGACCUUACACAAAGAAAUUGAUGCUAACCUGAAGGAAGAUUCACCCAUUUCAUAUGAAGAGCUGACCGGUCUACAGUACUUGGACCAAGUUAUACUUGAAUCAAUGCGACUGUUUCCCACUGCCCCUCGCCUCAACAGGGUGUGCAAAAGAACUGUGCAAGUGAAUGGACUCACCAUCCCUGAAGGAACCACAAUUAGGAUUCCUGCGUGGGUGUUGCACAAAGACCCACGCUACUGGGACUCACCUGAGCUUUUCAGACCAGAGAGGUUCAGUAAAGACAACAUGGAGGAGGUGAACACAUACGCGUUCAUGCCAUUUGGACUUGGCCCUCGUAACUGCGUUGGGAUGCGCUACGCCCUCCUCGUCAUGAAGAUGGUUAUUGUCCGUCUCUUGCAGAAGUACACUUUGGAAACAUGCAAAGAGACAAUGAUUCCACUUCAGUUUGACUGGAAGGUUCAGCCAGUUCAGCCUGUAAAACUCAAGUUUGUUCCCAGAAAUAAGUAG